GGAAGUGUAUCGGGUUCAUCUCAUUCCAGUUUCUGAGCGGUGUUUAACCAGCACCUCCUGAAUUUUUUUAAGGGUGUUCUACUCCCUUACAAUGAUCGAUUAGGUGGGCUCCACAGCCCCAUUCUCCUGGUCCAAACUCUGGCUUGGUGCACAGCAGUUUCAUUGUCAGCUCUACUUCUGGUGGAUGGCAAGGCAGAUGUGAAGUCCCUCAUGGCGAAAUUCAAUACUGGUAACAACGCAGCAGAGGAUGUUUUGGUUAACAGUCGACCCUUCCGACUCCCAGAGCAGUCUUCAGGACUACAGGCUAGAAAAGCUGCACUUGAGAAAUUUACCAGUCACGGGAACGCAGGUCCUCCUUCUGGGCCCCACGCCUUCCCCAAGUCUGCAUCUCCUAAACCUCCAUUAGGAAUAAAACCUCCUAUUGAUGAUAAGACAGACAAGGAUCCAAAGCCUCCAUAUUUGAAACAUAGCCCAGUGGCACACAGGUUUGGGACUCCACCUCAUGCAGCUAACAGAGAAGAUGACGGAAGACCUGGAUUCCCCAAGCCUUUGGGGUCCAAGCCUAGUGACCUGGGAAAAGAGGAGCCAAAGCCAGUGUUUCCCAAACCUCCUGGAAACAAGUACCUUGGCUCAAACACCCAGGACCAUGACUUAAAGCCUGUGCUGGGGCCUAAGCCACCUUUGAAUUCUGUACCACAGCAUGAGAGUGAGCCAAAACCCGUGUUCCCCAAAAUAGCUGGGAAGAAAGAAAAGUUUGCUGCUGCAUCACAGGAAAAUGACCCGAAGCUUCCUUUCCCCAAACCACCUCUUAGCCAAAAACCUCCUCUGGCCCCUGAUACCUCCCACAAUGAAGACGCGUCCAAUAGAAAUGUUUUUCUGCAUAAGGGACCUCCAGGCCAGAUAGGCCCCAGACCAAAAGGCCACUCGUUUAGGACAGCAAAGGAAAGAGAGGAAAAUAGCAAUAACAGCCCAGAUUCUACAGCUGGCCAUUUUCCCAAUGUGGCUCUGAAACCUGUUGCCGAUCGGAUUGUUCGAGCUCCGAGCAUCCUAAAAACUGGUGAGGAAAAGACUGAAGAAAAGAGGACUGGUAUUGCCAAGAGUAUUUUCCUCAGUAAAAUGAACCAGGAAGACUCAAGUUCAGUUCCCCCUAAAUUCCCCAAGCCAGCUGUCAGGCUUGCUGCAGCAGGACCGUCAAGCAGCUUCAGUGAAAAAGAAGAUGGGGACAAGAGUUCCACCACCCCGAAACGGAAAACAUUGCCUCCCGCCUUUACAGUGGGUCCUGCUCCUCAGAAGCCCAGCAGACCCCCUAAGGUGGACCUGGAACGAUUUCGGAGACAUACUACAAAAGACAGCCCUAAUAAAGAACUUUGUAAGCAGGUGUUUGCACCAUCAGCAGCGCUGUCCCCGCCUGCACUUCCACCACCACAUUCGGUAACACCGACACCAGUGCUGCCCCCUCCUCCUCCAGCUUCCCACCCAUCAGCCCAGGCACUGCCAGUCCCCAGUCUACCUCCUAGAAACAUCAAAGCCAGCACUGAGACAACAGCUCCAGACAAUGAGCAAAGCUAUGAUGAUGUUGAAUUUGGGUCAGAGGGUCAUGGAAAUCCAGAUGGGGAUCAAGAAAGCGAUGGAGAGACGUAUGAAGACAUAAAUGACAUGAGAACCUCAUCAAAAGAACAGGAGAAGAAGAAAGAGAAGGAAGAAAAGAAAAGAUUGGAGCAGGAGAAAAAAGAGCAAAGGGAAAAAGAAAAGAAAGAGCAAGAGAUCAGAAAGAGAUUCAAACUACAAGGACCCAUCCAAGUUAUUCACCAGGCACAAGCUUGCACAGACUACAAGGGAGGGAAGAAUGAACUGACUGUCAAACAGGGGGAUCAAAUUGAAAUCAUCCGCAUUACGGACAACCCUGAAGGAAAGUGGCUGGGCAGAACAAAAGGAUCUUAUGGUUACAUUAAAACAACCUUGGUGGAGAUUGACUACGAUUCAUUAAAAAGAAAACAAAGACCUUCCUUCAGUGCUACCAUGAGACAUGGAGAUAGUGACCAAGAAGUAUAUGAUGAUGUUGGAGAGCAGGACAGUAGCAGCAGUGGUGGUCAAAGUGGAAGUGGAAUGAUGUUCCCACCUCCUCCCAGUACGCAAGAAAUUUAUGAAGGAAUGGAGGAUGAAGACGUUAACAUUAGGUCUGUAUCACAGGAUGAAGAAAAGAGUGAUUCCUGGUCCUGGGGGCUUUUGAAGAUGAUAAAGGGCAAAGAUGACAAAAAGAAAGGUGCACGAGAGAAAGACAAAGUCAAUGAAUCAGAAGAUAAUGGAGGUUCCUUAAUGACUCCUUCAGCAAAGCAGUUUGCAAAAGAUUCAGGGGGAGACAGUGAUGUUUAUGAUGAUGUGGAUUCAUCAGACUUCCCUCCUCCACCAGUAGAAAUCAGUUCAACAAUAUUUAAGAAGUCACGGAGAACUGCAAGAGGCAAAUCAGAUGAGAAAGAUGCACAGAAGCCUAAAAGGGUGGAAAAGGAGGAGAAAGAGUUGAGAAAAAAGUUUAAAUUUGAAGGUGAUAUUAGAGUUCUUUACUGCACUACUGUUGCCCUGGAUUUGUCUAAUAAAAAAUGGGGAGCAAAAGACUUACAAGUGAAGCCAGGGGAGUCGGUUGAAGUUAUACAAAAUACAGAUGAUACCAAGGUCUUGUGUAGAAAUGAGGAAGGAAAAUAUGGAUAUGUCCUCAGAAGCAAUUUAGUUGAGAAUGAUGGAGAGAUCUAUGAUGAUAUUGCUGAUGAUUGCAUCUACGAUAAUGAUUAAUCCUGAAUUUUGUUAAUGUGCAAGUUUCAUUGACAAUUAAUGUCUACUGUUGAUUUCUGAUUGGCAUUAAAAAUCACCAAAGCUGACUGUUUACAAGUUAAUUGGUGGCUACUCUGGUACUUGGUACAUAUAUGAAGUUUUUGUUAGCGUGUUUAGACCUCUAAUUCUUUGGUACCUCUUGUUUUGACUGGUAUCUUUUUGCUGUGAUAACUGCUGGGUAAUAUGAAUGACAGUUGAAAUUUUUACCGUGUGUGUCCCUUCUGCCUCUGCCAUCCUCCGUGGGCCCAUAUAAAACAACUCAUCAGUAAAAUUUACCAGUGAUGCCUAUUCAGUGCAAACAGAGAUAUGUGGAACACUAUAUUCUGAUUACAAGAAUGAGACAAACACCUGCAAUGACUGCUCUUUUUGGGAAGGAAAUUAUUGAGAACAAUGCCUGUCAGUAGUGGUGGCAUCACUUUUGUAAAAACUGGAAAUCAAAGCAGGCAUCAAAGAAGCUCAUAUAUCCUUGAACUGCCAUUCCAAUUUUACUUGUGAGGGUGACAGUAAGACACAGCUGUGUGUUUCUACAGCUAAAAUUUUAGACUAUGCUAGUAAUAGACUAUAGUUUUCUAAAUCUUUUAAAAAAAUAUAUGUACUUUUGAACUAAUUAAUACUGCAAUAAUAAAUAUAAAUUAAAUGUUUUUGUAUGUCUUAUGUAUAGUGCUCUGAGAUACAAGCAACAAACGAUUCUGCUUAACUUUGUAGCAUAUUGAUGUGAUCUUCCAAAUAUUUAGCCUAAGAUCUAGCUCUUUGAUUAAUUGUCAAGUUAAUAUUGUAAUUUAGAGAUGAAAAUUGACUUAAACUUGUGGGAAAUAGCCUCUGGUUUUAAGAUUCUGAUACUAAAAUAUCUCCUUUAAGUAUUGCCUUCUUAUUCUAGAAACAUAUAAAUGAAGAAGUACAAGCUCAGUGUAACAAAACCUUUUCCUAUGACAGUGUCAACAUCCUUAGUGAUACUGUUAUACAAAUGAGCAGGUUGUAAGCUGAAAUCAAAUGAACCAUGGACCAAAUUUUUCCCCCACUUAUUUGUAUAUCUGAGAUCUGUUGAAAAUACAAUAUUAACACUGGAUUCUGAAUAUAGUAGAGCAAAUAUUUAAAAGAUGACAUUUUAUUUGUAGCUUCUACAAUCUUAUCAUAUUGGAGGUUUCAGCUAGCAAAUAUCUAUGUAGAGAGAGGUAGGUAGCCUGAAGUCAGACAGAAGGCAGGGGAGGGUGGCACCUUAGAGGCUAACUGGUUCAAAGAGGCAUGUAGGCUAAGAAAAUAACAUAUUGUCUACAAAAACUUAUGUUUGUCUAAACCAAAUACUAAUGCAGUUCAAUC